AUGUGGGUAGCAGCCAAAUCGCUGCGAGGAGCUUUUCCGUGGCCUGCCUGGCCAGAGACCGAGGUGGCCGCCUCGCCAUCAGGUGCCUGGCAGAGGCUCCACCAAGUCAACCAAGACCUCCAAAGUGAGCUGGAAGCCCAAUGCCAGCGCCAGGAGCUGAUCAAUCAGCAGAUCCAGUCGCUGAAGCGCAGCUACGCCGAGGCCAAGGACGUGAUCCGGCACCACGAGGCCGAGAUCCAGAGCCUGCAGGCCAGGCUCAGCAACGCGGCGGCCGAGCUGGCCAUCAAGGAGCAGACCCUGGCCAAGCUGAAGAGCGACCUGAGGAGCGAGAAGGAGAAGGCCAAGGAGCAGCUGGAGGAGUGGCAGCACGGCGAGGCCGCGCUCAGCUCCCAGCUGAAGGCCAGCGAGCAGAAGCUGAAGAGCGCGGAGGCUCUGCUGCUGGAGAAGACCCAGGAGCUGCGGGACCUGGAGAUGCAGCAGGCGCUGCAGAGGGACCACCAGAAGGAGGUGCAGCGGCUGCAGGACAGGAUCGCGGACCUGAGCGGGCAGCUGAACGCCAGCGAGCAGGCGCGGAGCCUGAUGGAGGAGAAGCUGCAGAAGAACUACGAGGCCCUGCUGGAGAGCUGCGAGAGGGAGAAGCAGGUUUUGUUGCGGAGCCUGAAGGAGGUGGAGGAUAAGGCCAACGAGUACGAGAACCAGCUGCAAAACAGCGAGCAGCAAAUGGAGAUUCUGCAGAAGGAGAAGCUGAGCGCCAAGUUUGAAGGCAGCGAGCUGGUCCACCAGCUGGAGGAGCAGCUGGGGAUGAAGGAGGCCAGCAUCCAGAAACUCGCGGAGCACAUCAAGGAGCUGGAAAGAGAGAGAGAUCAGAUCAAGUGCCGGUUCCACGAGCUGAUGAAUCAGGUCGCCGAGUCGGAUAACGAAGUGGCGAAGCUGCAGGCAAAGUUGAAGAUGGAAGAGACCAACUACCGCAAUCUGGAGCAGUCGUUCGAGGAGGUGUCGGAUCAGUUCCAGGGUGUGCAGAAAGUGCUGAAGGAGAAGGAAGAAGAGCUGAGACACGUCAAGGAAAUGCACUUGAGGAUCGUGGAGAAGAAAGAUCAAGAUCUCAGUGAGGCUUUGGUUAAAAUGGUCGCUUUAGAUAGCAGUUUAGAGGAGACUAAAGUAAAGCUCAGGGCCAAGGAGGAGGCUUUAAAGAGAUUGGCUGGGGUAGGCACAGGUCCGUGUGCUGAGGAGGCAGAGGACCUUGGGCCCAGUCUUGAGGCUGACGAAAGUCACGCGUCCCAGCUGGGGCAGCCUCUGCAGACUCAGGAUGUCCUCCCAGCAAUGGCUUAUGCACUGAAGGAGGAGGAGGAUGAGGUUCUUGAGAGCGGUCAGAGGCAAGCAGAGGAAUUUGACUCCCCCUCCAAAGCUGUCGAGCUGCAGGACCAAGAGUUAGUUCAGAAAGCCUUAGCAAAGCCUGACGUAGGAAUCGUGGCGGGGGCCAAGAGGCAAAGAAUCCGUUUCUCGAGCAUCCAGUGCCAAAAAUACAUCCACCCAGACGGAUCAGAGAAAAACUGGACCAGCAGCACCUCUUCAGACACGAGCCAAGACAGGUCUCUGUCUGAAGACAGCAUGUCGUCAGAGCCACCUCUGGGUUACCCCUCGUCGGGGACGAGCGACUCCGAGACCUAUCUCUCCAUCAUCCACUCCCUGGAAACCAAGCUGUACAUUACGGAGGAGAAGCUGAAAGACGUCACGAUGAAGCUGGAGAGCCAGCACGGCCACAACCAGGAGACGCUGAUCGCCCUGCACCACCAGUGGGCCAGCACCGAGUCGCAGCUGCGGGAGCAGCUUCAGAGCAGCUUAUCCCAGGUCAACGCGCUCGUCUCGCAGCUGGAGGGCGAGAGGCAGGAGAAGUUCAAGCUCAUAGAAAACCACGUUAGCGAGCUGGGAGGGUUCCAAAUUAAAAACGAUCAAGCGCUGACGUGCUUGGAGAAGUGCAGGGAGCAGCUACGGGCUUUGCCCGAAUCGGACGCGGAAAAAGAGGGGGAUUUGUUCCUUGUUACUCUCUCCAGCAUGGAAGCGACCUUAUCAAAUGCAAUCCAGGCCUUGAGAGGGGCGCCAGCCCCAUCCGAAUAUCAGCAGGGUGAAAGCCUUAUCGUGGAAAGCCCCGCUCCAGCAGGAGGGGUUUUGGGCGAAGAGGAGCCCGUCUCCAAGGAGCAGCCAGCGGGAGCGUUUGACGCCGGCCAGCUGAGGUGGCUCUCGGAGAGAGUGGCGUUUGAGGCCUCUCUCAUCAACCAAAUCGCGGAGUCUUUGAAAAACGCGAGCUCCGAGAUAUCGCGGCUCCUGAGGGAGAUCCAGGGAACGGCUGAGGUGGUGUUGCUGGAGCCGGGCAGUGUUUCUCAUACAGCCGUCGACCUGGCCAGCGUCCUGUCCAAGAAGCUGCUGCUGGAAGGGGAGUUCUGGAGCCAGGUGGAGGAGCUCAGAGCACACUUGAGCACCAGAGAAGGAGAAGCCGAGGGCAAACCAGAAACAACGGGUCUGGGCUUUUCUCCCUGUUUUCUCGGUGCUGUAGCAGACGCGACGUUGAUCAAGGCAGAACUUGGGUUUGUGGUACAGAAAAUGAGGGAAUCUUUUCACCAGAGAUUAAAAACCAUUGAAGAAGACCUCCAUAACACCAAAACAGCUCUCCAGCAGCACAAGUGCAUGUUGGAGGAGAUCCUCAAAGCGUACAGGACUCCUGAUUUGGACCGAGUCAUGCACCAGAUUUCUGAAGCCCUUGAGAUUCAAAAAGACGCUUCAGAAAGAGCCCAAAUCUCCUGGGACGGGAGCCAUCUCCAGAUGGUGCCAUGUCAGGAACUGGCCAAGGUGGAGGAGAUGGGCAGCGUGCCCAACCACAGUCACCAAGCUCUUGUUUCGAUUCAGGAAGAUCUUGCCCAGCAAUUAAAGGACAAAUCAAACGUUCUGAAGGAGAUAUCUGUUGCCUUACUCUCUCUGCCUCCUGAGGAGGCCACCAGAGACUGUCAGAAGCUCCUGAAGAUGUCUCAGUGUCUUUCGUACCAUUCCUGCAUGGGAGGCCUUGGGCGCUAUUCCUCUCUGUUAGUCCAGGAUGCCAUCGUUCAGGCUCAGGUUUGUUACGCCGCCUGCAAAGUCCGGCUGGAGUACGAGCGGGAGCUGAAGUCCUACAAGGAGUCCCUGCAAAGCAUGGAUGCGCUCUGCCAGGAGCGCGUGAAGACGGUCUCUCUCCUUCGGGACGAGUACGAGGACUUGCUGAGGAAGCAGCAGGGCGAGUACGGCGAGGUGAUCGCCAUGCUGGAGCGGGAGAACGCCGACCUCAAAGCGAAGGUGUCCCAGCUUGAGAGCCAGCGAAGGCUCCUGGAGGAGGAGGAGCAUCAACACAGCAAGAGCUUGAGCGAGUUACAGGGCCGGUACGAGGAGGAGAUCCGAAACGUGCUCGAGCAGCUGAACAGAACAGAGGAUGCUCUGAAGGCCGAGAGGACGGAGGGGCUCAGCCAGCUGGAUGCCAUCGUCCGGGACAAGCAGAACAUGGAGCGGUACCACCUGGAGCAGAUGCAGGUGCUGGAGGACAAGUUCCAGGCCAGGAUCAAGGAGCUGCAGGUGAUGCACGGCGAGGAGCUGCAGGCGCUGCAGGAGCACUACAGCCAGAACCUGCAGCGCCUGCAGGACACCCUGGACCAGUACCAGCGGCAGCACCCGGAGGUGUCCCCCGUGGCGGGCCCGGGCGCUGGGGACGCCUGGGUGGCCGGUGAGGAGGGUGACAGCGGGCAGGGCCACCAUGGGGACCUGGACUCCAUGCACGGCCUGAGGGAACGCAUCCAGGAGCUGGAGGCCCAGAUGAACGUCAUGAGGGAUGAGCUGGAGAACAAGCACCUGGAGGGGAACGCGUCCACCUUGAGGGAAAAGUACCAGAAAGACUUUGAAAACUUAAAGGUCUUGAUACGUUUAACGUUUUACGCUGCCGAGUAUCGCCCAUGGGGUCCCAGUGGCUCCCAGGGCACCAGUUCUUCCUUCCAUGGUGUCUGUGCCUGGGGCAGGACCGGGCUGGGAUUUGGGGUCUCACCCCUGGUGACUCCCGAGUCCCCAGAGCGCUGCUCCCACGUCCUGGCCUAUGGUGACUCCUUGUAA